AAUAAGUUGAGCGGGGAUCAUCAUGAGCUCAGAGCUUAUUGCAAGAAUCCUACGCAUCAAAAUAUAUUGCAAUUCUGGUGUAAGGGGUGUUCCAAGGCAAUGUGUUAGAAAUGUGUUGUUGAGCACAGCACUAAGCAAUUUAGAAAAAUACAUCAAUUGGUAGAGUUGAGUACGUUGAGAAGUGAAGUAUAGAAAGAGGCCACUGAUUUAAGUUAAGAAUUAGAUUUAUUAAUGUAAACAUUGUAACCAGAGUAUAAUUUAGUUGAAUAGUAAAGAAUAGGCUUAUAGUUAUUAUAAAGAAGUCAAACCAUUUUGCAAUAGGCUGUAGCUAAUUUCUUUGAUGAACUCAAACAUACAUUCAUUUCUUUAACAUCUAAUCAUUCAAAUUUAACCUAAAAGAAAGUAUUAUAGGAGGAAUUGGAGAAAAUUAUGUUUGAAUUAAAUGAAUAUAUAUCCACAAAUGACUUUUAAAUAUCAGAAUUCUUUGAAAGGGAUUUCAGAGCAUCAAUCAAGAAAAUGAGAGAGAAUGUUACUCAAUUCAUUGAGAAAACUAAAAUUGAGUAUAAGAAACCAAACAUAAAAAUCAAUGAUAAAUUCACCUAAGACAUUCCUCAAUUGCUUUCAAACUAUAUUAGUAUAACAUUCGAGAAGAACCACAUGGAUAAGACAGAAAUUAGAGCACCAAAACCAAGACAAACCUUGCAUUUCAUAAUGGAAAGAAACAAUAGUCAGAGACUAGAAAGAAAGAUGACAUUGAUAAAUCCCCAAAAUUUGGCUUAGUCUCAAAUUUUGAACCAUACUUAUCUUUAAGCAAUUACAGAGUAGAACCUGGAAGACUAGCUGAUUUAAUAGUUUGACUAAAAUGAAGAAAUCCAAAAGAUUGUAAUUCUUGAGCAAUCAAGAGUGAGAUAUUUACAUUCAUUAAUUGAUUCGUAGACCCUUUUUAUACAUGAUAUCCAAUUAAAAGAGAAUUAAUUAAUAUCACUUCCUGAGAGUGCAAAAAUACCAGAGAAUGCCUAAACACUGAUAACAAGUGAUUUAAUAUUGUACAUUUGCGGUGGGAUACAUAAUUCAGUUCUUAGUUAAAAAUUCUAUUAAUUUGAUAAUGUUCACGGAUUAUUGCAACUACCAAACUUAUUAGAACCUGUAAAUCAUCAUAGUUUAAUAUAUGUGAAAGGAUUCAUUUAUGUGAUUGGGGGUAAGACUCAAGAUGGUGUAACUGCUAAAUGUUGGAGAUUUAUUGUGAAUACUUAAUUAUGGGAGGAGUUUGCUGCUCUGAAUGAACCGAGAUCUCAUCAUUCCUCGUGUGUUUUUGAAAAUGAGGAUCAAGUAUUUAUUUACACAUUUUUUGGAUAAGGAUAAGGAGGGAUUCUGUUGGAUUCAAUAGAAAAAUAUAGUAAUUUGGAAAGGAGAUGGCAAAGUAUUUUAGUUAAAAAUAUGAUACCUGGCUUUGCUACAAUAAGAAGUUGCUGUAUUUAAUUGGAUGAAUAGAAGAUCUUAAUCUAUGGAGGGUAUUACAAACAUCUGAAGAAUGCGAAUAAAAUGAUUACUUUCAAUACCUAAACAGCGACAAUAGAUAAUUUAAAUUAAUUGAAUCUACCAAUUGGAUAGUUACAAGGGUAACCAAUCACAAUAAACAAUUCAAUUUAUUCUCUUCAUAAUUGUCCAGAUUAGAUAGUUCCAAAAUAUUCAGAGUUUGGAGAUGUACUCUACAUUUUGGAAAUAAACAACAAUUCUUGUCACAUCCAGGAUGUAAUAAAUUGUAGAUAACUAACGUUAAAAAAAAAUUGAAGUU